UGAUGAAUAACAGUGAUAAGGUUUCUUUAACACAGUCCCAACAGCAGCAAGUCUGUUAAGUAUAACAUUUAAUGGUCUCCUCCUCCCCUCAAUGAGUGCGUUAACACAAUAAAGGACCUUUAAAUCAAGGCGAAAUUAAUUUCACGCCGUGUUGGACCUGCUCUCUGGCUGAGUGCGUAAUGACGUUGCUCCAGUACUGAGGGACCUGUCCCACAAAGAGCUCACUAAGUGACGGUGGAUGUCAAACAAGCGGAGAAUAGUCCCAGCAUACCGGAGAGGACACGGACCGAAAGCAGGAGCGACACACGUCAACGCAGAACAGCUGCUGUCUACUAGAGAGGAAGGAAGUGAAGCUUUGGAAAGGCACAGAAGUCUCAAAUACUAUCUUGGAACAACAUCUUAAAAGGAGACAGCACUUUUGGCAAAAUUCUCACCCAUCGUCAAAAGCCAGUGACAUCAUUAUUAUCACCUGAUCCGCAAUCAGCAUCAUCAAUCGCCAGCAACAUAAACGCCGAACGCAUUUGACAUUAUCAGGAAGACCAUGAGCGGUAACUACAGCGUCACUCUCUUAGGCCCUGCCCCCUGGGGCUUCAGGCUGCAAGGAGGGAAGGACUUCAACAUGCCCCUCACCAUCUCCAGGCUGACGGAUGGUGGGAAGGCAGCUAAAGCUCGUAUGGCUGUUGGUGACAUGGUUUUGUCCAUCGACGGCAUCGCCACAGACGGCAUGAACCACCUGGAGGCCCAGAACAAGAUCAAGAGCUGCACUGACAACCUCAGCCUCACCCUGCAGAAGGCCUCCAGUGUUCCCAAACCACCUCCUGUGGCACCAAAGGACGACAGAUCAGACAUCAUAAAACCAGUGGCUCUCACCCACCCCCCUCCUCCACCCUAUCCCCACCCUCAGUCCUCCAGUCCCUCCUCCGCCCCCUACAAUAAAGCCCCCAGACCUUACGGGGGCUGCGGAUCAGAGAGCGACUACACUCCAUCACAAUCACCAUUUACUGCUUUCAUCCCAUCCCCAUCCUCUGCCUUCACUCCUGCGUCCUCCCACACCAGUCCUCCUCCUCCUCCACCUCCUGUCUCUUACCCAUCCUCUUCCUCCUCCUCCUCCCCUGGCCUCGUUCCACCUCAGCCAUCAGUGUAUAACACACCAAUCAACCUAUACUCCACUGAGAACGCCUGUGAGGUGGCCAUGGGGCAGAGGCGGGGCCUAUUGGAGAGUCAGGGUGGAGCCUUGCCACUGCAGUUUAAUGGAGUUCCCAGGAAACACGUUGUGGACACAGACAUCCAUUUUUACCAUGUGCCCACUCAUGCUGAUGCCAGCAGGAAGCGCAUAACGGAGGACACAGAGGACUGGCGCCCCCGCACUGGCACCACCCAGUCCAGAUCAUUCAAGAUUCUGGCUCAGAUCACUGGCACCGAGCACGCUCAAGAUGAGGAAGCUGACAAAGCCAAGAAGACAAAUGAGGAGAGUGAGGAACCUGAACUCAACAGCCAUGACUCUGCAGUUGUCAAGACCAUGAUCAAAGGACCUGCUGCAACCCAGGGUCACCGUCCACACAUUGGUUUGAUCACUCCGUCUUUUGGUAUGAAGGGCAACGGCAGUGCCAGUGUCCCGAGGGGUCCGGUCCCAGCCCGACCUGUACCUCAGCCCCACCCUAAAGAUGAGGACACCUUGGUCCAAAUGGCAGAACACAUCCCUGCAGGGACCCGUACGCCCAUGUGUGCCCACUGCAACAUGGUCAUCAGAGGGCCCUUUUUAGUAGCAAUGGGUAAAUCAUGGCAUAAGGAGGAAUUUAACUGUGCCCACUGCCGCACAUCCCUGGCUGAUGUGGGCUUUGUGGAAGAACAGGGAUUUGUCUACUGUGAACACUGCUAUGAGGAGUUCUUCGCUCCGACGUGCAGCCGCUGCCAGGCUAAGAUAUUGGGGGAGGUGAUAAAUGCCCUCAAACAGGCGUGGCAUGUGUACUGCUUUCUGUGCGCUUCCUGUCAGCAGCCAAUCAGAAACAACACCUUCCACCUGGAGGAUGGAGAACCAUACUGUGAGCGAGACUUCUACAGUUUGUUUGGGACUGGCUGUCAUGGCUGUGAGUUCCCCAUUGAGGCUGGAGAUAAGUUCCUGGAGGCCCUGGGUUACACCUGGCAUGACACCUGCUUUGUUUGUGCUGUGUGCUGUACUGCGCUGGAAGGCCAGACCUUCUUCUCCAAGAAAGACAAACCUCUUUGCAAGAAACAUGCUCACACACUGAAAAUAUGAUUCCUAGACUGUUCUCACACUUUUUUGGCCAUACAUCUUUUUUUGGUAGGUUAAGAAGACCUCUUACUGUAAUGAUAGUUAGUCCACGCAGCAAUACAACUAGAGCAAUAGUCAUUCAUGCAUGGUGGUGGCUCCUCCAGGUGAGCUAAUUUAGUCGUAUUCAGGCACCCAACCCCAUUAUAAAGAAAACAUCAUUUGAUUUUACCUUGUGUUCCCUACCAGAAGCAGCAAUAAGGCUAGCAGUUAACAACUGUUCUUAGUAUUGUCUGAUUUUCAAUGGAAAAUACUGUAUUUGGAGCCAAUCAGUUUGAACUGAUUUUCAUCUGCAUUUUAUGUGCUCAUGGAUCCAAAGUAGAACGGUUUUAUUGUCAAAUGGUGCAGUGUAUGUAUACUACCACUACAAAUCACCAAAGUCAGUAAUUUAAUGUUACAUAAGAUUCUGUCGUAGUCUUUAUUUUCUUAAUCCAGAGUUUAAUCUUGAGUUUCUUAGAAGCGUGACAGCGAUUAGAUGUAAUCUACCCUGUUAAAUUAUACAUCAGAGACUACAGUGCCAGAAAUGUUGGAAAAUAUAUAUUCAUACUAUAUGAAAACUAUUUUCUAAGCAGGAGUUUAUAUUUGUUAGUGUUAAUGUUUGUUUAGCUGUAUCAAAUUUCAAAUCCUAACCAGCAGCUAUUAAGAGUUUAAAAGAAUGAUAGCCAUUCACUUUCCUGUGUUCCAUGAACAGCAUUUCAAAUCAGAACCUCCGUCAAAAGUUUUUAAUUGGGCUGAAUGUCUGAGAAGAUUAUCAAAGCUGUUGCAUUUAAUAAAUCCUUAUGAUUAUUUGA